AUGUGUAAGGUUGCGAUGUUCAAGUCGCCCAGGUGCAAGUGCAAGUGGCUUCAGAUCAGCGAGUUGUGCGCUCCCAACGCCGGGUUCAGCCAAUGCCCUCAUCUUGGCAAUGGGGACGCCAUGUUACCCCCCGACGAAUACGAAAGCUACCAGUGCCCUUUGCACAUUUAUUCAGGGUGCUAUGACCGGAACUACACGCGCAUGGUCAUCAGGGAGAGGCGUGGCAUCAGGUUUGGGAGCGGUCCCAGCAGGCGCGAUCCCGGGUUUGAGGUGGCAUGUGUUCUGAUGUGA